CCCGAUCUUUCUUCCGCCCGUUCCGUAGCAUUUCACCACCCCACCAACACCACCUCACCACUUCAACAUGGCCAGCGUAGCUCAGCACGGUCACCCCAACAUCCCCCCCAUCAACAAUGAGCCUAUGCGCAACUACGAGCCUGGGUCCAAGGACCGGGCCGGACUGCAAAAGGCCGUAGACGAGAUGAUCAAGGCUGGACCCGUCGAGGUUCCCUGUGUCAUCAACGGCAAGGCUGUUACCACUGGCAGGACCAACAAGCAGCUUAACCCUUCUAACCACGCCAGCGCAGUUGCAGUGUACCAGGAGGCUGACGCCGCUCUGAUCGGUGAGGCAAUCGAAGGAGCUCUGGCCGCCAAGGUCACCUGGGAGGACAUGCCCUGGGUGGACCGAGCUGCCAUCUUCCUGCGAGCCGCCGACCUUAUCGCUGGCAAGUACCGCUACAAGAUCAUGGCUGCAACCAUGCUCGGUCAGGGAAAGAACGUCUGGCAGGCCGAGAUUGACGCUGCCGCCGAGAUCUGUGACUUCUUCCGAUUCGGCGUAGCCCAGGUCGCUGAGCUGUACAGCCAGCAGCCCGCCAAGCACGCCCCGGGAGUGUGGAACAAGAUGGAAUACCGACCCCUCGAAGGAUUUGUGCUCGCUGUGAGCCCCUUUAACUUCACCGCCAUUGGUGGAAACCUCCCUGGUGCCCCUGCUCUUGUCGGCAACGUUGUCAUCUGGAAGCCCUCGCCGAUGGCCGUCCUCUCCAACUACAUCGUCUACCAGAUCCUUGAAGAGGCUGGUCUUCCUGCCGGUGUGAUUCAAUUCACUCCCGGACCCGCUGAGGAGAUCGUCAAGACAUGUACCGACCACCGCAAGUUCGCUUCCCUGCACUUCACAGGCAGCACCUACGUCUUCCGACAGCUCUGGAAGCAAAUUGUCAGCAACAUUGACAACUACGUCAGCUACCCCCGAAUCGUUGGUGAGACUGGUGGAAAGAACUUCCAUUUGGUUCAUCCCUCUGCCAACGUCACCAUGGCCGUCCACGAGUCGAUCAGGGCCGCGUUCGAGUACCAGGGACAGAAAUGCUCUGCCCUGUCUCGCUUGUACGUGCCUGCCAGCCUGUGGAACAACGGUUUCAAGGACGAGCUCGUCAAGGAGAUCAAGUCCAUCACCCUCGGUCCCGUCGAGGACUUCAAGCACUUCAUGGGUCCCGUCAUCUCCAAGGGCUCCUUUGACAAGAGCGUGGGCUUCGCCGAGGCUGCCAAGAAGGAGGGCGGUAUCAUCCUGGCUGGUGGCAAGGGAGACGACUCCAAGGGUUACUAUGUUGAGCCCACUCUGAUCCAGACCGAGAACCCUCGAUCCACCACCAUGGUCAACGAGAUCUUCGGCCCCGUCCUGACCGCCUACGUCUACGACGACUCGAAGCCCGACUUCUGGAAGAGCAUCUGCGCCGAGGUCGAUGGCUGCACCGAGUACGCCCUGACUGGUGCCGUCUUUGCCAAGGACCGCCAAGCCGUCGUGGAGGCCAACUCGUACCUUCGCAACGCCAGUGGCAUGUUCUACGUCCAGUGCAAGUGCACUGGUGCCGUCGUGGGCCAGCAGCCCUUCGGUGGAGGCCGAGCCAGUGGAACCAACGACAAGGCUGGUUCCAUCUCGAUCUUCUACCGCUUCGUCAACCAGAGGACCACCAAGGAGAACAUGAUCGACAUCGACCACUUCUCUUACCCUCACAACGCCUAGAAGCCGAGGUUCUUCGUGCGUGCGCCCUCAUUCCCUUUACCUCCGAUUUCCGUCACUUUGUAUAACAAGCAUCCCGUCACUCGUCUUCUCAUUAGGGUGAGAGCCUCCCUAUUAACACUAGCGCUCUUUUUACGACUCAUGACUCUCGCGAAACUGUAUUAUCUCUUCGGGUGUGGAGCCCCCGAUUAACACUGGCCCCUUUCUCGCAUUUGUCAGUAUCAAUGAUAUCCCUCCUAGCUCA